AGCCCAUGGACUAGGUCUUAGAAUUUUCGACUAUAAAUAAACAGCUACCCGUGGUAUUGGUCAAUCAUUUGUGGUCUACGAGCUCAAGGUGUAACAUACGAUAACAGACAUGAAAUUCUUCAUUUUGGCCACCUUUGGCAUGCUGCUGUCUCUGGCUGCCGGGGAUGUCUCGCAUCUGCCGCUGGAACUCCUGGAGGAGCAUCAGCAGGAGCAUCAGGGCUAUGGCUAUGACUAUCCCAAGCCGGUGGUGCCCUUUGUGGUAGUGACAACCACAACAGAACCACCCACACCACCGCCAACGUACCUGCCGCCGAAGCCAGUGCCCACGUAUCUGCCGCCGCCGCCACCAACAACAACCACAACCACGACCACAACAACGACACCGGCACCCACACCUGCCCCAACCUACCUGCCACCUCCACCACCGACCACAACGACAACCACACCGCCACCCACGCCCGCCCCUACUUAUCUGCCACCUCCCCCACCGACCACAACGACCACAACGCCUGCCCCGACGCCAGCACCUAUCUACCUGCCGCCCCCACAGCCAGAGCCACAGCCGGAGCCGGAGCCAGAGGAGGAGCACGGAUACCACUACGAGGCGCCCGCCAAGGCGUUUGUGUUCUAGGAACCACUCCACACACCACUGCACUGCACUGAACCCCGAACCCUGAAGUAUCGCCCCGUCCUGGACUGUUGUUGUUUUUUUUUGAAUCGUUUAGGCCUAGGAUUAUAUAAUUUAGAGACAACGUAUAAUAAAUGCUGUUUUGUUAACCCCAUUAA